ACUUGAAGGGUCAUGCAGGCGUAGACGUACUCUCUUGUGGUGCUUUGAUAAACUAUAUAAAGAGUGAAUAUCUUCCUUUACUGACAGUCAUCAGCUGGUUGUUCUUCUCUGUGUCAGCCAAUCAUCACCUCAGCAAAGUACGUUGACUUUGUUUAACGUCUUUACACAGAUGGCAUCAGGCUUUCCGUUUGCUUUGUUGCUCUGUUUGUCCAUCGGACUGUUGGCUCCAUCUUGUUAUGGACAAACCUCCUGCCCAGAUCCCUGCCCUCCUGGUUGGACUCAGUUUGGCUCUCGCUGUUUCAGUUUCUACCUCCAGGGAAAGAGUUGGAGCGAUGCAGAGAACUACUGCUUGUUUAAAGGUGGGAAUCUGGCUUCAGUCCACUCAGUAGAGGAAUAUGAAUUCCUCAAAACCUACAUUAACCAAGUGGGCGGUAAAAUCGACAGUACCUGGAUGGGAGGCUUUGACUCAGUGCAGGAGGGCAUGUGGAUGUGGACUGAUGGAUCCAUAUUCGACUACGAACACUGGGCUCCGGGGCAGCCUGACAACUCCCAUGGAGGGGAGAACUGUCUUGAGAGCCAUCUGGACACAUGGAAUGACGAUUCGUGUGACAGUAAAAAUACUUUCGUGUGCUCCAAGAACCUGUGAGGCCUCCCACCAUCAUGAUCUCACUACAGCUCAUCUAUAAUCUCUAUCAUUGAUUCACUUUCAGUUUGUUCUGCAGACAGAAACAGCUCUCUGCUGACAGACUCACUUUCACUUGUUUAUUAUCUGAAGAGUUAGGAAACGAUUCACAUUUGAGAUUUAACAUUAGAAGGAAACUGAUUCUCUGAGCUGGACAAAAACAUAAUCAGUUAUUUGACUUUUAAUCUAGUAAAUAACACAAAAUGAAAUACAGAAAACAUUCAAAUACUCUGACAUCUUUUCCAUUUUAGUUAACUGAAUAUUGUCUGUUAUAAACAAUGUCCACUGAUCUCAUAAAAUAAAACUUAAACACUUAUUUGAUUUCUCUCUAAAAGUUAAUGUUCUGAUUGAUACAACUCUCAUCAGAAGUUCCCUUCGAGCAGACAUUAGCUUAGCUUAGCAUUAAGACUGGAAACAGGGAGGAACAUCUAGCCUGGCUCUGUCCAAAGGUAACAACAUCCACCUACCAGACAUGAGUGGUGACGAUCUUCCCAUCAAAAAUGUCCAAAUAGAAAAUAAAGUCCAAAUGUUGUCUGAACGUUCUGUGAUACAAGAGGAGUUUCUGGUGUGUUGGGUUCUUUAUUCAUCUGUUUUCCUUCACUUUAUAAUCAAUAAGCAUUAAAAAAAUAAAAGACAUAUUGUCACAAACAG